UGAUGAGCGACCCGGAUGCGUUCGGUGCGGAGCAGGCAUACGAAGCAACAAACCACCUGGCAAUCGAGGAUGGCUGCAGCCCAGCUCAGGCAGCGGCGUUUCUUACAGCACUCAAGUUACAGAAUAAGGAGGACAAGCCUGAUAUUAUCGCUGCAUGCGCGAAAUCAAUGAGGGAGCAUGCGAUCAAAUUGGACAUGAGCGGGAUAUCGAAUGAGUUCUCGGUGGACAUUGUCGGGACGGGAGGAGAUGGGCACGAUACGUUCAAUGUUAGCACCGCAGCGGCCAUUGUUGCUGCUGGAGCCGGAGCCCGAGUUACCAAGCACGGAAACCGGGCUGCGACUUCCACAUCUGGUUCAGCUGACCUGUUGCUGUCACUCGGCUGCAGUCUCAACAUCCCACCUACUGAGAUUCCGGCUAUCCUUCCGACAACACCAUUCAUAUUCUUGUUUGCACCUUUAUAUCACCCGUCGUUUGCGCCGAUUGGACCCACCCGCCGAGCAUUGGGCUUCAGGACGAUCUUCAAUGUGCUUGGGCCUCUGUUGAACCCUGGAUAUCCUAGGGGUAUGGUAGUUGGCGUAGCGGACCGCACGCUAGGGCCUGCGUUCGCGGAGGGGCUGAGAUUACUAGGCGUAGAGCGUGCGCUCGUCGUAUCUGGGAAGGAGGGACUAGACGAGAUAAGUAUUGCGGGUGAAUCCUGGGCAUGGCAGCUCGAAGAUGGCGUGAUUCGUAACUUCACCCUGCAUCCGCUACACGACUUCGGGAUACCGACGCAUUCCCUGGUCGAAGUGAAAUCCUCCACGCCCGAUGCGAAUGCUUCUCUGCUCCUCACACUGCUUACACCUGGAUGGUGCAGCUCAACACCUGAAGUCGAGAUUGGCGACGGAACUAACGACCCCGAGGCCGUGCACGAUUACAUCCUUCUCAAUGCUGCUGCGCUUCUUGUAGUUGCAGGAAAGGCGACCAACUGGAGGGAUGGUGUACGCUUGGCUAGGGAGAGCAUGGAGAGUGGGAAAGCUCGUGAGGCCCUUGAUGCCUUCGUGAAGGCUGGAAAGGAGCACGGUGUCAAUGUACAUUGGUAAUCAAAGAAAGGCAAUCGAGUGUAGUUUAAUCUGUAGUGAACUUAAAUGAAUGAAUUAGAAGCCAUGUGAUACUGUAUUAAUGCCAAGAAC